ACAUCAACAUCAAUCAAAUCGUAAACUCAUAAGGGGCACGGGUAAGAAAUAAUGGGCUUGGUAUUAUUUGAUAACUGAAAUCGAGUUUUAAUUGCUUAAAAGCUUAAUAAUUUACAUUGGAUAGUUCAAUUAGUAUUGUAUGUGGUAGUUAAUAACAUUUAAGUAGAUGAGCAACAAUAACGACCAAAGCUCCCGUCAGCCAUCGCUGUCGGGACAGCUCGAUGCGUCCCCAGGCAAAAGUGUAAAUAACGAUAAAUCGACACAGAUAUGUAGGGAUUUUAUUUGGGGAUUGUGUAACAAAGGAGCACAAUGUAGGUAUCGACAUGAACUCGAUUUCGAGGCUAUGAAAAAAACGCUUAAAUUUUGCCACGACUUUCAAAACCCGUCUGGAUGUACGCGUGAGCAUUGUAAUUAUCUUCAUACCAGUAAAGAGGAGGAAAGCUUAUUUUUUGCCACUGGAACUCUACCACGUGUUUUGGCCGAACGCCAUGCUAAUAUAACAGAUUCUACGGCUGAAACUAUACCACAAAUAGCGUUGUUCAUUCAAGAAUCGCUUAGUGGGGCCCCUCCCCCGCCUCCGCCCUCUACUUUCCCUGUUUCAACAGUGUCCCCGAUGGCUCCAAGACCAACAUUGCCAUUACAACAAAUGCCACCGCCUCCUCCUCCUCCACCACCUCCUAAUGCAUCAACAGUUGCACCAGCCCAGACAAAUCGCAUAUUUGCAGUGCCACCUCCUCCGCCAACACCCUCAUUUCCAAUAACGCAGCCUCCGCCUCCAAUACCAAUGUUCGAUGCCAGUCGGCCGCCGCCGUCGAUACCGGCGGUUGCAAUCAACAAAAAUGCACCACAGAAACGUCCAGCAGUGAAUGAUGACACCGUUUCUGUUUGCAAGUUGCGUAAGACGGAUGAUCUAAAGACAGAGGACGUGCAAUGCGACUUGUGCCUCCAGCGAGAGAUCAGAAUACAGUAUUACAGACAGAAGAUGGAAAGAAUACGAGCGGAAGACGAGUGUCAGUCGCUGGUGUACAAGAAGAAGCUGAUGGAAUAUCAGAAGCUUAAGGAUAUACUGAAGACGUUGAUCGACAGCGACCUGUUUAAACUUGUCGAGGAAUCUUUAGGGGAUGUACCGCAGUCUUCGUUCGGGGAUCCUUUGACUAGUAUCAUUCCAUCAUUUCUGUCUGGAAUGUUCUCAGCGGGCCCCAAACCGAACCACGACCAGUUCUUGUUGCAAUUCAUGGAAUACAUGUUCUCCAAAACGAGGAGCUUCGAGUCGUCGUCGGUGCACGUGGAGGAGUCAUUGCGUACACUCUCAACAACGCCGCGUAGAAGUCACCAGUCCCCGGAUAUAUUACAGACGCUAACGGAAAUUCUGGGAUCAUCCUCCGAGCGUUCAGUGUCCGAGGCGAGUGGUGACAGUGCACACGCUUCAGGUACUAACGGCGUGUCGACUUUCCGUCGCUUCAACAGGCCGAGGUUAGAUACAAACCGCCCUCCGGCCGCCGCGACGCCGGCGACGCCCGGAGCGCCACAGGCGUACCCGCCGUCGGUGCUGCCGCCGCCGCCUCCGCCACCACCGAGGACAGCCGCCCUCCGUCUGCCAAACCGCCUGCCUCCGAACCCUCGGCGCACAUGAUCCACACCCCCCCCCUCCCAACAUAAUGGGGCAGUGGAUGUAGCAUUCAACUUCGCACUGAAUUUCCGAUUUAAUUUUUUUUAAUGUUGAAUAUCGUAACCAUACGAACAUAAACGGAUCAGGGUACAACAGACAGAUCCGGGUGGAGCGCCCGCCAUCUUGGACCCGUUUUGGUCUGAUGUUUGGAAGCUAUGCAUCAAAGUGCAUAUCAAUAAUUAUUGAGCCCACUAUUGCAGAUAAUAUAGUAUUCAUCUAAAUCUUUCACCAUUCGUAAAGCUUUUCCAAUUGGCUUUCCAUUUCUAUUCUAUUCUCUAAAACAAGGGUCGUGAUAAUUUUCGAAACAUAAUGUACAGCUUCCGAGGUAUCCGACACAUUGCGGCCGAAGCUCCACCCAUAUCUGUCUGUAUUUUUGUGUCUUUGUGGUUAAUAUUCGACAAUUAAUUUAAAAAAGCAAAAUAUUGCAUCCUUGCAUCCGGGAAUCUAGUGUGAGGUUGACCUAACCUAUCACUGUAUUUACUGACCUAAUAUGUUUCGUAGGCUGGCGUAUAAUACAAUGCAGUCUAGUGACAAGUUGAAAUGGACAAUGAAUUGUUGAUGUUUACAUGACUUGAACAGUUGUCAAUGAACUUGUGGUUCAGUUUUGAGCCCAAAACACGUGGUUGCACAGAUAAUGACUUAAUGAGUAGGAUUUGCUAGUGGAGUGAAUACAACGUUUGUGUGUUCUACUUACGAUUAUGUGUGCCACUAUUAUAAAGCUAUACAAGAUGUUGUACGAGAGAUUGAGAUAAUUAUUAAUGAAAUAGUAAAAAUAUCAUCAAUCGCUGUAAUUAAUAGAUUUUUUUUGACACGUCUCACAUAACAAGCAAUAAAUAUGACAUGAAAUCCCGAUACACAUUGUAUUUGUUCGAGAACCAGUACUUUGUGAGGGAUAAUGGUAGGAAUGUGUUCAAUCACACAAUAUUUAAUUAAUAUAUAAGUAUGACAAUAUCUUAAUAUUUUUUUAAUAACAUGUAUUUUAAUCAGAAAUACGUUUACGAUAAUUUAAUUAGCUAUAUAAAUUGAUACUGUAUCUAUUUUAAGAUAGUGAUAUUUAAAUAUUUCUAUGUUUUUGAGGUAUACAUAAGGUUAUGUACAGAAUUUUAGAUUAAUUGUAAAUAAUUUUAUUGUUAUAAAAUUAAUUUCAUUUUAAUAAAAAUAUUCUGUUUGAAUUUCAUCAUCAUGGAUCCCAAAUUCACAAAUUUUUAUAUAUAUACAUAUAUAUAGUACCAAUAUAAAAAAUGUCUGUACUGUUUUGAAUGUUUGCCUCAUUUAUAAUACAUAUGCACAAAAUCAAAAUACAAGAUUCUAAAUUAAAUAAAUAAUUAUAGUUAUAUACAAAAAAUAUAUUUUUCAUUGAACAGUCGAGAAUAAUGUGUAUGGUGAGCAGGUUUUUUAAUUUAUAGGUGUGUUGUGUUGAAGGUGUAAAACAAAUGACUGAAAGACUUGGAGCGUAACAUAUUUUGUUGAAAUAUUUUUAUUCAGUGCCAUCGUAAUUAUCUUUUACCUCUUCCCUGUUUACCUCCUGGGGCUUUUAAGGAUUGAGGCGUCUAUCAGCUUUUCAGAGCCAUCGAUAGUUUUGAAAUCAAACAAGGUUGCGUUAAAAGUUAACGCUCCUCGGAUAUAAAAGAUGCAGAGCGCGAUGGAAUGCGUUCUGCUAUCAAUUGUGACUUGUAAGUAAUGUUAAUAGUCUGUCUUAAAGAAAUACUGAAGAGUCGUUAAAAAUCAUAUCCUACCCCUUCCUGUUUUCGUUCCAACAUUACGAAGUGUCACUUCUUCCGCGCAAUAAUUUUUUUUCUCCGUCUGCUUUGUCUUUUCUGCAAUAUAUUUUCACAUACAUAGCUUCAUCUGACUUAAUUUAUGCCCUGCGUACUAUUACAUCGCAUAAGUAUGUAUUUAAGGAGUCUAUGGCUAUUGAUUUUGUUGUAAGCAGAUAAAUCUUUGUACAUUUUAUUUCUGGUGAGAUGGUUCUGUUCAUAAAUUGUUAGUGAGGUUUAUUAUAAUUUGUUAUUGAUUUAAUUACAAUAGAAAAUGACAUUCUUGUUGAAGCAAUGAAAAGAAUGAGAAAAUAAAGACGCCAACAUAGCCAAUGACCUAAAUAAGAUUAU